AUGGCGUUGAGCACAACGACCAGCCAACCGGAACAGAACAAUGUCCAAUUGUUACUAAGAACCGGGUGGCCUAGGCACACCGCUCCAGUCAAAUCGUCUACGUGUCAAUCACUCUACAGAAAUAUAAAUUUGUAUCUUCUAUCAAAUUAUAAAUUUGGUAGAAACAAACCUUUUUUUGAAAAAGAUCCUUCUGUUCCAGCUAGAUUUCAACGAAUGCAUGAUGCAUUUGAAAAAACUGGUAUGCGCCGUAGUGUUGAAGGUGUUUUAAUAGUUCAUAAAAAUGGGUUCCCGCAUGUUUUAUUAUUGAAGCUGAACGCAGCAUUUUAUAAAUUGCCAGGUGGAGAACUAAAUCCAGCAGAAGGUGAGGUCGAAGGACUUAAACGAUUACUAACUGAAACUCUAGGCAGACAAGAUGGUGUUCAGACAGAAUGGACUGUUGAAGAUACCAUUGGCAAUUGGUGGCGACCUAACUUUGAACCUCCAAUUUAUCCGUUUAUACCACCACACAUUACUAAACCCAAGGAACAUAAAAAACUUUUCUUAGUUCAGCUGCCUGAUAAAGCAAAGUUUGAUGUGCCAAAAAAUUACAAAUUGGUGGCAGCCCCUUUAUUUGAGCUGUUUGAUAACUCUCAAGGGUAUGGAUCUAUUAUUUCCACAUUGCCUCAAGCACUCGGAAGAUUCAACUUCAUUUAUAAUAUGUAAUUAAGAACCUAAUAUUUUAAAUUAUUGUUGUGGGGUUUUAAGUGAUUUAUAGCCAUGAAUUUUUAUAAAUU